UUUCUUCUUUGGACUGCCCUCCUCCGGCUCUCUCGUGUUAGGCUGGUUUACACACCUCCGGAAAGCCCUCCUCGCUAUCCUUUCUCCUUCACCCCAGAAGAAUAUUAUCCCCUCCUCCUCCACCGCCGCCGCCGCCAUGGCAUCCUGCUUAUCUGCUUCUGCUGUGCAGGGGAGCUUUGCCUCCAACGCUCUCAAUGUGCGCCGUAAACCAUUGGCGCUUUGCAGUGCUUCGAUUCUAUCGCUACGCUUCAGGGAAGCAAGCACCGCCGGAACCAUCCAUCCUAAUUUGAGGAUGACGAUUUAUCCAAGGGAGAAGGUUAUUGCCAGACAACGGAGAAUGAUCUGCGCCGCAGCUGCAAACUCUUCAGAUACUAAGGUUCUUGAGCUUCAGGCUAAGGUAACCCAUAAGUGCUUCUUUGAUAUAGAAAUUGGUGGCGAGACUUCGGGUAGGAUUGUAAUUGGUCUCUUUGGAGAUGAUGUUCCUAUAACGGUUGAGAAUUUCCGUUCCCUAUGCACUGGAGAGAAAGGUUUUGGCUAUAAAGGAAGCUCCUUUCAUCGUGUUAUUAAGGAAUUCAUGAUUCAAGGAGGAGACUUUGAGCGUGGCAAUGGAACCGGAGGAAAAAGUAUUUAUGGACGACAAUUUGAUGAUGAGAACUUUAAUUUGAAGCAUAUUGGACCUGGAGUCUUGAGCAUGGCUAAUGCAGGCCCUGGUACUAAUGGAAGCCAAUUUUUUAUAUGCACAGUGAAGACUCCUUGGCUCGACAACCGCCACGUCGUUUUUGGACACGUGUUAGAAGGAAUCGAGGUGGUGAAGAAGAUCGAGUCGGAGGAAACCAGCAGGUCCGAUGUCCCAAAACGCCCUUGUAGGAUUGUAAAUUCUGGCGAGCUUCCUGUGGCGGCGAGCUGACUGUAUCCUGCUGAGUCCAUUGGCUUAUUUUUGUUUAGCGCACCCAAAAAUCAGCAAGGUGGAGUUCAUAAUUUUGUGUCCGAGAAUCGAAUUUAAGAUUUUAGCAAUAACUUUUAAGACAUUUAUCAAUCACAUUAGUUGGUACCCACUAGCGUUGGCAAAAGUUUGGGAUUGCAUUUCAUGCUCCAAUUAAUGAAUUCUGACAUUAUGCUAAGUAAUUUCUUAUGCUGUUUC